AUGGUGAUCGAAAUUGUCUUCAAUCAAUUUAAAGAAAUCACAGAGGAUGAGAGACUCACCUUGACAUGUAUUGAAGAAUUGGCUUCUGGAGUCACAUCUCUUUGUAAUUCUUUUCCAGCUGAUGAAAUCACUGAAGAAGCUAUGAAUAAAAUGGGUCUUUGGCUAUUUGAUUUGCUCGAAAGGGUUCAGACUUUGCAGGCAAAGCUUAAAGAGCUUUAUCUUCAAGUUCCAAUGUUAAAUUUCCCCAAGACCCCUGCACUAGGCUUCAUUGAGUUUCUACAGCAAAAAUUAAAACAGUUGCUGAAGUGGAAUCCUGAUUCAGUCGCACAUUUGACCAAUCGUAUUGAAACCAUUUCUGAGGAUUUUGAGUUCUUGAUAUCUCAUUUAAUAGAUUUCAAAGAGAAGGGCGUAGAGAAUCACGGACGAAAGGAACUUUGUACCCGUCUUAUUCAUGUGGCGCAUGAGGCAGAAUAUGCCAUUGAUUCGUUGGUGGUCAAAAGUGGUGAUGAAUGGAACCAAUUUCUGUGGCUUUAUCACAUCUCAGAAGAGAUCAGACUCAUUAAGAUGCAGGUCAGACCAUUUCAAGGCAAGGCCAUUGCUGUGGGAGUCCAGAAUGCUGUCCAGACUACAAGGCAUGAGAUUCCACGGACUAGAGCCACUGGAACUAGUGAAGAUGUGUUGAUUCUCAAUGAUCAGCAGAAAGAAAUAGUUAAUCUACUUAAAAGAGAAUCAACGCAUAGAGAUGUUAUCUCCAUUGUUGGAAUGCCUGGAAUCGGUAAAACAACUUUGGCUAACCAAGUGUAUAAUGACCCCGAAAUUGUUGGUUCCUUCCAUAUUCGUGCAUGGUGUUAUGUUUCACAAGUAUACACCAAAAGAGACUUGUUACUUGAAAUUUUGAGCCAUAAUCAGCCCAAUGAUAAGAUCCAUGCAAUGGAAGAUGAAGAUUUGGAAUUGCUGUUGUAUCAAAGCUUGAGAAGAAAUCGGUACCUUAUCUUUUUGGAUGACGUGUGGGAUAUUGGGGUUUGGGAUAACUUACAGCGCUCUUUCCCAAAUGACCAAAAUGGAAGUAAAAUUUUGAUAACCAGCCGGCUUUCUGAUGUGGUUUCUAAAGUUACACCGGAAAGUGAUCUUGUUAAACUUCGUCCACUCUCCGAUGAUGAAAGUUGGGAGUUACUAAGGAUGAAGAUAUUUCCUGAAAAACGCUGCCCUGAGAAAUUACGGGAAGUUGGAAGGGAAAUUGCUGAAAAAUGUCAAGGACUGCCUCUUUCAGUCGUUGCAAUUGCAAGUCUCCUUAAAGGGAGAAAAAUGAAACCAGAAUCAUGGAAACAAAUUGUACGAAGUUUAAAUCCACGCAUCAUCGAUGAUCCUCAGACACGAUGCAUGGAAAUCUUUGAACUGAGUUACAAGAAUUUGCCAGAUUAUCUCAAAGCAUGCUUUCUUUACCUUGCAGUAUUUCAAGAAGAUAAGGAGAUUCCAGUUCAAAAAUUGACAUGGCUAUGGAUGGCUGAAGGCUUUAUCCAGGAGAAAAAUUCAAAGAGCUUGGAGGAUCUUGCGGAGGAUUACUUGAUAGAUCUGAUUGGAAGAAGCUUAAUAACAGUUGCCAAAAGGAGGUCGGAUGGCGGAGUCAAAUCCUGCCGACUUCAUCACUUGGUACGUGCUCUGUGCUUGCUAAAAGCCAAAAAAGAAAACUUUUUGGAGUUCAUAACUAGUGAUGACAAACCUUAUGCUUCUUUUGAUGAUGAUCUGGAUUUGGAAGAAUUUGAACCUUCGUACCCCAUGAAUUAUGAUGGAUAUCGACUAAGCAUUUCUACGAGGCGAAAUCACUUUGUUAUGUCGACGCCUUCUGGCUCCUAUGUUCGUACUCUACUGUUCUUUGCCACCGGUGAUACAUAUCCAAGAUGCCCUUAUGAUAUCUCAUUCAUUUCUAGGAAUUUUAAGCUUCUUAAGGUUUUGGAUUUGGAAUGCAUCAAUAUGGGCAAUUUGUUUGCAGCGGGGAUUGAUUUACUUCUUCAUUUGAUUUAUUUAGCUGUGGGUGGGGACAUAGACUGUAUUCCAUCAUCAUUAGCCAACUUAAGGAAUCUUGAAAGUUUCCUUGUCAAGGGAUUGAAAGGCAAAGUUAUAUUACCAGAUGCAAUUUGGCACAUGGCAAGAUUGAGACAUGUUCGUGUAAAAGAUCGUCUUAGCUUCAACUUGAAAGAUCUUCAGGUUGGAAUUUCUACCCAAUUAAAUAACUUGGUCUCUCUCUCCUCGGUAUCUCUUUCUCCUGGGGAACAUGCUGAAGAAAUAAUAAGGAGGUUGCCAAAUGUUCGAAAGUUGAGUUGCAUCAUUUUAAGAUCAAGAAAUUAUUCCGUGGAGUGCAUUGAAUUUCCAAGAUUCGAACGUUUGACCGAGUUGAUGGCACUUAAGAUAUCGUACCGCGGUAAGGGUCUUAAUGUGAGUGCAUUUGACUUCCCCAAGAGUCUUAAGAAGUUGUCUCUGUCAAAUUUCUUCUUGCGAGGGUAUCAUAUUUCGAAAAUUGGGAGUCUAUCAAAUCUUGAGGUUCUCAAACUCCGUUCCAUAGUUUUUAAGCAUACAAAUUGGCGUAUGAUUAAAGGCAAGUUUCGCCAGCUCAAAUGCUUGAAACUAGAGAGUGUAAACAUUAUGAAAUGGAAAGCCAACAGUGAACGCUUGCCUAGUCUUCAGCACCUGGUCUUGCGAAGAUGCGAGAAUCUCAAGAAGGUUCCCGUUGAUUUUGUGAAAAUCGAGACAUUGCAGAUAAUCGAAGUGCAGGGAUGCAGAGAGUCUGUUGAGAUAUCACUUAGGAGACUUAAGGAGGAGGAGCGACGUCAAUAUGGAACUGACAUUCUGAAGAUUGCAAUACAGUUGGGGCUUGUUGUUAGUAGUUGUCCGAUUGUUUCAGUGGAGGGGCAAGUUUACAUAUCAAUCAGGAGAUCAUUUAAAGCAAUGAUUUUUUACCUCUAUGGUGAAGAAAAACUUGCAGAGUCUCAGAAGAUCAUGGAAAUGAAUGGGCAGAACUUGCAUCAGGCAGUUCUGGUGCUUGUACGCGAGGAUGAUGGUAUUAUUGUGAAACAGCUGCAAAAGUUUCCUGUUACCUGUAAAGUUUCUUUUUAUCUGUUUCAUUUGCAAUUGCAGCCUGUAUGCUUCCUGCUUUCAAGUGCUUUGAUAGGAUCUGAUGAUGUUUUUCUCAGAAAGUAUUAUGUAGAAAAUAGUGCAUUAAUGAUCCUUUUACCAAAUGGUAGAAUUCUACUGGCUCAGAAGGUAUGGAAGCUUGCACCAGUUCAAUGGGACGGCAUUCAGACUCAAACAGGUUGUUUUAAGCAGUGGUGGGCAGCUUUAACUCAAGCUAGGAGUAGGAAGGAAGGCAAACAGCAUUUAGCUUUGACUGCUAACAUACUUUGGCAGCUAUGGAAGGAUAGGAAUCAGCUGGAAUUUGAAGGGAAAGAGAAGGAUGGACUUAAAGUAGUGCAAAAGGCAAGUAUUGAGUGGAUGGAGUUUGAGGAAGCUGGUACAGGAAAGGAAGAUAGGAGUACAUCAGAAACAGUUGCAGCACAUGCAACGCAAAGGGAGGAAGGAAUGGAGGUAAGGGACUUGGUGGAACUUCACAUUGCAACACAGAAAGCAACCGAGGGACACAAGAUGGGAAUUGGCGUUGUGGCCAAGCUGAAUGGAACAAGAAUUAUAGCUGACUGGGCGCUAGUGGACAGAACUUCAACUGGCAAUACAAGAUGA